CCAAAAAUCAUGCAGCGAAACUGGCUAUGCUGCUUCUCGCAAGCAUCUCCACUCCGGGUGGUGGAUCUGCAUCUGCCCUUCUUGUGAAGAAAUCCGUGUCGCGGUCCCCUCCGUCGCUGAGACGAACCAUCAGCGAAUCUUCUUCUUCCACCAUCAGAACGAGGAAAUCGGUCUCCUUUCCCGACGAGCCCGCGACGGUGCACGUGAUUCCCAUGCCGCUGCCCAGCGAGACAACGAUCUACGACGAUGACAUUGCCGAAGAUUCGGAGUCCUCCACUUCCUCAGAUGAGGACGGUUAUGACGAGUUUCGCGAGGGCGUGUUCACCACGAGGUCCGAAGAGGACGAGGAUAGUCUUUCGGACGGCUCUUCAACGGACAGCGACGGCGGCGGCGGGUCUUCAUGUUCCCUAUCACCGUCGAGCAGUCGUCUCCUCCAGGC